CAUGACCCAGUGGCUCACAGGCCUAUGCUCUCAUGUUUGAAAUUCAGGGUCCAAUGAAACAAUGGCAAGAUUUUGAAAAGCUCAUCAACCCAUACAAAGAAAAAUGGAAGAAAAUGAGGCGCCUGAUGAAGACCACCUUACCAGUUAUGCAGUUCAGUUUAGCAUUCAAGAAUCCCUGGAAAGUGAAAGGAGUCAGCCAUCUUCUUCCCCCAGUCAUGAACCAAGUGGGUUUGUGAAAGUCAGCGAGCAGAACAGGCAACUUGUAACUGCCAUAAGAGAAGGUCAAGUAUUUGACCUUCAAAACUUUGUGAAAUGCAAAUAUGCCUUCGAUGAGGCUGAUGAAAGAGGGUGGUUUCCUUUACAUGAAGCUGCUGCUCAGCCAAUCCAGCAAAUACUUGAAGUCAUAUUGGAUGCUUCUUACAAAACGAUGUGGGAAUAUAAAACAUGUGAUGGAGAAACCCCGUUAACUUUGGCAGCCAAAUCUGGCCUUGUUGAAAAUGUCAGAACGCUACUGGAAAAGGGUGUCUGGCCCAACACCACUAACUGGAAAGGAGAAACUCCUCUUCUCAUCGCAAUAAGACAGGGUUCCUACAAAAUGGCCUCCACUCUGAUUGAAUACAACUGCACUAUCAAUCAGCCAUGUGCAAAACGCUGGUCUGCAAUGCAUGAAGCUGCAAAACAGGGUCGAAAUGAUAUUAUUGCUCUUCUUUUGAAGAAUGGGGGAAACGUGCACCUGAGAGAUGGCUAUGGGGUAACCCCAUUAGGUGUGGCUGCUGAGUAUGGACACUGUGAGGUGCUGGAACAUCUGAUUCAUAAAGGUGGUGAUGUUUAUGCUAUGGCUGAUGACGGCUCCUCAGUACUCUUUGAAGCAGCAGGUGGUGGGAAUCCAGACUGUAUAGCUUUGUUGUUGGAGUACGGAGGAAGUGGGAAUGUGCCCAGUAAGGCGGGGCACCUCCCUAUUCACAGAGCCGCCUAUGAAGGGCAUUAUCUGGCCUUGAAAUACCUAAUUCCAGUUACAUCUACAACUGCAAUCCAGAAAAGUGGGCUAAGUCCCAUUCAUUCAGCAGCAGACGGCCAAAACCCACAAUGCCUUGAACUCCUAAUUGAAAAUGAUUUUGAUGUCAAUGCUCUCCUGGCUAAACACAUUUCGGAAAGUUAUGAUGAUGAAAGGAAAACGGCUCUUUAUUUUGCAGUUUCCAACAAUGACAUUCUGUCAACUGAAAUAUUACUCCAAGCCGGAGCAGACCCAAACAAAGACCCCCUGAACUGCCUUCUCGUGGCAGUGAGAGCUGGCAACCAUGAAAUCGUAAGGUUACUGCUUUCUUAUAAAGCCAAUGUCAACUGCUAUUUUAACCUUGUAAAUGACACCCACUUCCCCAGUGCCAUACAGUAUGCCUUGAACGAUGAGGUCAUGUUAAGGCUACUGCUGAAUCAUGGAUACGAUGUGGAUAUGUGUUUUGACUGCAUGCAUGGGGACAUCUUUGGAAAUUCUUUUGUGUGGUCAGCUUCAGAGGAAGAAAUAUUACCAGGAUGGACGUCUUGCAUAAUUAAAGAUAAUCCAUUCUGUGACUUUAUGACCGUUUCUUGGAUGAAACAUUUAGUAGGAUCGAUUGUUCGCAUUUUGAUAGAUUACAUGGAUUACGUUCCUUUGUGCACAAAACUUAAGUUUGUCCUGGAGACACAAACAGAAUGGAGAGAGAUCCAGCAAAUACUAGAGAACCCCCGUCCACUAAAGCAUCUGUGCCGCCUGAAAAUACGUAAAUGUGUAGGAUUAGAGAGGCUACAGAAGCCAUUAUCAAUGAAGAAGCUUCCUCUUCCACCAGUCCUUAAAGGGUAUAUCCUAUACAAAGAGUAUGACCUUUAUGGAAGGGGGCUCCAUGAUUUGUCAUGAUUUCCAAACCAAUUAUUUUGUAACUCACCUCAACACAAAUUACUUGGAAGUUAAU